AAGUGUGACUCUGGAGUCUUGCCCGCUAGCCUGAAGCCCGCUGGGUAGGGAGAGCACCAUGGAUGGCUUAAUUGAACAGAAGAGCAUGCUGGUGCACAGUAAAAUCAACGAUGCCAGCAAGAGGAAUGGCUUAAUUAACACCAGGAACUUCAUGGCCGAGAGCAGAGAUGGCCUGGUGUCUGUUUACCCAGCGCCCCAGUACCAGAGCUGCCGGAUGGUGGGCAGCACAGCAUCGGCCACCCUGGACGGCAGCAGGAAUGAGCCAAUCCAGCAGCUGCUAGAUCCCAACACUCUGCAGCAGUCGGUAGAGUCCCACUACCGUCCCAACAUCAUCCUCUACUCCGAGGGCAUGCUGCGCUCCUGGGGGGAUGGCAUGGCUGCCGACUGCUGUGAGACCACUUUCAUUGAUGAACGGUCACCCACCAAGGAGAGCCUGGAGUACCCUGAUGGGAAGUUCAUUGACCUCUCUGGCGACGACAUCAAAAUCCAUACCCUCUCCUAUGACGUGGAGGAGGAAGAGGAAUUCCAGGAGCUGGAGAGCGACUAUUCCAGUGACACAGAGAGUGAAGACAAUUUCCUUAUGAUGCCCCCACGGGACCACCUGGGCCUCAGCGUCUUCUCCAUGCUCUGCUGCUUCUGGCCUUUGGGCAUUGCGGCCUUCUACUUGUCCCACGAGACCAACAAAGCCGUGGCCAAGGGGGACUUCCACCAGGCCAGCACCAGUUCCCGGCGGGCCCUGUUCCUGGCUGUGCUCUCCAUCACAAUCGGAACUGGCAUCUACGUGGGUGUGGCUGUGGCCCUCAUCGCCUACCUCUCCAAGAACAACCACCUAUGAGCUUCCUCCAGGCGCCCAGGGGAAGAGCUGAGGCCAGUUGGAUGCAGAGAAAGCAGAGCUGGCAAGGGUGGACACAUAGGGAGACACACCUGUGUGAUGCUGUACAGUAUACAUUAUUGCCAAGUGACUCCAUAAAGCCCUGGAGUUUUG